AUGUUACGACCUCCAGAGUCAAAUAUUUUGUCCAUAGAGCAGCGCUUAAAUAUUAUAGAGAGGUUGAAGGCUGGAGAACGUCCUCAAUCAUUAGCUGAGAACUAUAAAAUUUCCAAACAAGCAGUAUCGUGGAUUAAAAAAAAUGAGAAUAAUAUUACUCAGACAAAGGAAGUUUUGAAAUCCUGUAACGGCAAUAUUGAUAAGAAACGUUAUAAGAAGCAAGAAGAGAGUAUAUUGGAUCAAAAAUUGAUGAAAUGGUUUAGUCAGCAAAGAAGCAUGGGUCGACCAGUGUCAGAUGCAUUUAAUUUAUGUGCCCUUGCAUGGGAUGAAGUGACAAGCAGUGAUAUUAGAAAUUGUUGGAAAAAUCUAAUCUCACUGGCUGCUGAUAAUAGUGCCGAAACAGCGCCAGUUACUUUGCCUAAAAAUGAAGCCUUCUAG